GAAAAGUGGUUAUCUAUGGCUACAAAAAAUCCCGACAAAAUCCUAGCUAAACCCAGAAAUCCAUUGCCUAAAAAGCAAAAUGUCAGCAAAAGUACAGAUAGCUCCAGUAGUUCUGACAGUUCUGAUAGCUCUACUAGUUCAAGUAGUAGCUCAAGUGACUCUGAUAUUGUCAGCAGUGAUGAAAAGGCCCAUUCGCCACCUCACAAGGUAAUACCAAUCAAAUUUUUUGGCUUCGAUAUGGGUGCCAAGACGUCAAAAUCUAUCAAAUCACAGGAGAAUUCUGGACAAAGAUCACCUUCAUCAGAGAGAAAGGAGAGAAAAUCGGGAGACCAUUCUUCUAUAUCAUCUUCCUCGAGUUCCGCAUCAGUCAGCUCACCAAUUAGCGCGCCAAAAAAUAAUUUCAAUAUUCAGAAAGACAACGUUCAAAAAUUGUCUCCUUCCGGUCCGGAAACAUCAUCUCAUCAACACUUAUCGCCUAAAAAAGUACCCCCCUCACCCGAUUCCUUUACCGGCAUCGCCGCUAAUAAAAAAAUUGUUAACAACAAUAAACGCACGAUAGAUAACGUUGAUUUUAACGGAACAUCCCCCAGGAAUAUUAAUGACCGUGAAGUUUUAGGUAGUCGUACGCCGCUAGCUAAAGGCAAAGAAACAACAACGCCCUCGUACCCACUCAAAAAGUCGGCCACAACUAGAGAUAAAAGUCCCCCGGCUAGUAUGAAAACUCAAUCAUCUCCAGUUUCAAAUAAAGGCCAGACAGAAAUAUUUGAUACAAGCGUACAAUUCGGCGAGAGGCGCAUAAAAAAUGGUGAUAUUAACCGCUCAAUCGACCAAAGAAUUCCCAGUUCACCUUCUCAAAUUCAAAAAACCGAUCAUAAAAUUUCCAGGUCACCAACCCAAAUUCAGAAAGGUGAUCACAAAAUUUUCAGAUCACCAUCCCAAAUUCAAAAAACCGAUCAUAAAAUUUCCAGGUCACCAACCCAAAUUCAGAAAGGUGAUCACAAAGUUUUUAUAUCACCACCCCAAAUUCAAAAAACACCGAAAGAUGAAAAAUUAUCGAAAGCUGCCGAAGAAACAAUAUUCUCACAGAUUUCCGGAAAGAAAAAAACUAGGAAAUUGCCCAAUUUGGGAGAUUUUCAGCAACAAAAACGAAUCAUUAUGGAUGAUCUCAUCGAUGGUAACGAAUCGGGCGAAGAUUUAUCGAAGGAAGAUUUUACUGAAUUAGAAAAGGCCGAAAAGUUGUUAGAAGAUUCAAUAGCAUCCGGAAAAACGAAAAAAAUUUUACCCGAAAAAGAAGGAGAAACUGUGAGACAAGAAUUGAUUAUAGAUGGAGAUAAACCCGGUGAGAAAAAAACGAUUAUUCAAGAAAUCACCAAAAGGCGAAUUAGUAAUCCUGGUAAACUGCCUAAAGAAUUUUUGGCUAAAAUGGAGAAAAAAGACGGAGGAGUUUAUACUAUAUAUGAAACUCGAACAAAAAUGACCACCACAAGAUUACAAGGUCAUGAUACUUCAGAGUUUGCUAAUAUGGAUGCUGAAGAUUUGCUUAUGCAACUUAAUGAGAAUGAAAUUGAUGAGCUGGCAAAUGAUGUAGAUCCUGAUGAUCCCAUGUUACCGCCUUCGGAUAGGUGCCGAACUCUCACCAAGAAAAGCCCGACCGGGCCACUCAAUCGCAGAAAUUUGCUCAAAUAUCUCGAACGUCAAAGUAUAACCGAGGACGAUUGGGACGAACCCGUUCCUUUCAGCAAAGAAGUUAGAGGAAAAAUUUGGCAUCCCAAAGAGAGGCAUCCCAGGGAUGAAUACAGAAUCUCCAUUGACCUGCCAGAUGAGUAUGAGCACGCACUUGAAGAUGCUUCUGAGGCCGAUCUCGUGGACAUUGCAGGCAUACUCGAACUUCACAGCUUAGUUAACCAGACCCAAUACAACAAUUCCUUAAAAUCUUUAUCGACAGAAAAGGGGGGUUUUAAAUCAAUCGCCAGAGGAGAUAAAUUACGAAUUCUGGCGCCCGAACCGCCGAACAUAACAAACCCCGAAGAAUCUCUCGUUAAACUAAACCAAAACGACCCCGCACUAGACAAACUUAAUCUUAACAAUAUUAGGGAUAUAUCCCCAUCCACAUAUUUAGGCAUUUGUAGAUCCCUCAAACGUAACACCAAUAUCGAAAGCUUGAGUUUGGUCAACACUCGUAUGACCGAUACCAUAGCAAAAGUAUUAGCCGAUUCGAUCAGAGAAAAUGUAAGCCUUAGAAGCAUAAACUUGGAGAGCAAUGCUUUAUCCCCAGAUGCCGUUGUUUAUUUGUUUGGUGCCGCUUGCGACAAUCAGAACAUACUCGAAUUCAAGGCAGCAAAUCAGAGAAACACGUAUUUGGGUAACAAAGCAGAAACGGAGAUAGCUUCUCUCAUGGCAUAUAAUCAUCACUUACUGAGGCUGGGUUUAACUUUCAAUGUUCCCGAUGCCAGAGUUAGGGUGGCGGUGUACCUUAAAAGGAAUUUAGAUGAACUACGCCUCAAACGACUUCACGAUAGAUAGAACCUUCUUUGAAUCAAACGAAAUUCGAUUAUAAACAACAUCUUAAUUACAAAAGACAAAUGCCGCUCUAAAAAAAAUUUGAACUAAUUGAAAAAUACCUGAUUUUUUUUAAAAUUAUAAAUAUUAUUUUUUUUAUAAUUGAUAAUAUAUUAAUUUACUAUAAUUAUAAAAGUGUAAAUACAAAAAUAUUUUACCGACCGCUUUCGUCUUGAGCUUUUAGUUUUUCAUAUUUUUUAAAUUCUACCAAAAAAAAAAUCAAAAUAUAUUUUUAAUUUCAAAAAAAUAUUUUGUUUUUUAAAAUGUUUUUUUUGUUUGUUUUUGGUUUAAUUUUAUUUGUAAAUUUGUUACCGUGAAUGUAAGCUUUAAUUUAGCGAAAGGCGUGGUUGCUAUAUUAUUUUCUUUUCAUUUUAUUUCUGGAUACAAAAUAACAACCUUUGAAAACAUAAAUGUUUUAAAUAAAAGUUAAAUUUCCCUGCUAAUACAAAAAAUUUUUUUUUUAAGUUUAAAAUUUGUCAUUCACAAAUUUGUUUUAGGAAUUUUGAGAGGAAAAAGAAAUACCAAAGAAUGAUAAAAAAAAUAUUAUUUAACGUUUUUUCUUCCAUCUUUUUUAUAUAUAUAAAAAAUUGAAAUAUUGCCAUUCAAUCAUAUUUUUAUCCUAUUUUUUAAAUACAAUUAUAAUUUAUUAAUAUGUCC